AUGUAUACCGUGAUCGAUGAUUUCAUAUCAAAAGCAAAGAUUAUCAGUGUUGAUCUCUUCUGGAAGCUGUACGACUCAGCAUCGGUCCAUGCUCGCUACUUCCUCAUCAAGUUUUUCGCCAAGUUGCAAAUUGCUUUCAUCCAGUACAUGGACAACCGCAAUGAUCUGAACCGCAUUCAGAACCCCUUUUUGGCUAGUUUUGGCUCAAACCUUGGCAGUGGUUCAUUGAAGCAAAUCGAGCAACUCCCUGUUCAGCAACCAGAACCAAUUGUUGCUGAAAUUCAAAACGAAGCCAAUGACCCAAACCAUGGCGAUGAAGCUUUGGUGCCGAAUGAAGCUAAAGCUGAUUCGCUAAUCUACACCGAAGACGAAGAGGCUGUCGAGAUGGAAAACAAUACGUUUGAUGAUGUGGUGCUCUUUCAGAAGCGAACACAAUCAGUGCGCGCCAUCAAUUCUCUGAGCGGCAAGGAGGAGUGGCAUUUCGUGGUGAAUGAUCCUCAACUUCAAAGUGUCGCCAACCAGCACUGUCACAACGGAGCUUCAAAUGACCCAUCCAAAUAUUCGAUUGAUUUGCAAGUUCAUGUGUCCAGUGGCUACAUGUACUCUUCCGUCUUUAAAUCGCCCACAAAGCAGCUGCACAAACAGUGGCAACUAAAGCUCGACUCACCAAUCGUGAACGUUUGGCACUACGAAGAUGGGAAACUAGAGCAAGUUAAUCUGUUCACCCGCAUUAAAAGCUCGUAUGCUGAUCAGGAUGGAAAAGAUGGUCAUGCCGAUGGUGAGCAAAACCAGUGGAAGCCGCUCAAUAACGACAACGCAAUCGACGAGGCGUUUUUUAUGGGAAGCUACAACAAUCAGCUGUAUAUCCAGAACUCUCCGCUUCACAAGCAUACCGACCUAAUGACACACGAGGAUUUUGAGCUCAGCGACCUUUCGGAGCAAAAUACAGCCGUCAUACAGGUGGCACUUAAAGAGGUACCGGCACUCGAAGCCGAAACAUCCAGCACUGAUACUGUGGCUAAUAAAUUCGAAGUUUCAAGCAUUCCUACAUUUCCAGUUUUAACCUUCAAUGAACUCAACUUUACGGGGUAUUAUAUAUUCAAACUGAAAUCCCCUGACAAGUGCGAAAGAAUCUCAUUAAAUAAGAGCCAACCCACCGUAAUCGAGCCAAGCACAGAUAGUAUCGUCUACGCUAGUCUGUCGUAUUAUUGGAAAGAAAUCACUAUCAUUUCCAUUCUAAGCGGAAUCGUUAUGAACUUUUUUACUUCAGUAUUCAAAAAAUAUUUAUGGCCAAAACGAGCUGCUACCCAGGAGGAAAAUAAAGCAAAAGAUAGUACAGAAAAUGAAGAAGAAGAGCCAAACUCAGCAACAAUUGGAAACUCCCGCAGAACAACUAGCGAGUCAAACAGUUUUGAAUGUAAUCAGAUCAGCCCGUUUGUUUCACGCUACAAGACCGACUUUGAGGAGAUUGCUCUACUGGGAAGGGGUGGCUUUGGAAUCGUAUUCGAAGCCAAGCACCGAAUUGACGAGAGUCACUACGCCAUCAAGCGAAUCACAAUUCCCGCCAAAAAGGAAAAGCGAGAUCGCUUCAUUCGCGAAAUUCGUGUGCUUUCUAAGCUCAACCACCCAGGCAUUGUUCGGUAUCUGUUCUCCUGGAUCGAGGAGCCACCGGUUGGUUGGCAAGAGUCGCAAGAUAAAAUGGACAACCUUGACAUUACUGAGUACUCUUAUGAGCAAAGUGAAAGCACAAACAAAACUGAUGUAAAACUGAGUCGCUAUUCAGAAACUUGCGACUUCAAUGGUCCGAACUGUCAAUCAAACAACUCGCUGGAAAUCAUUUUCGAAGACAGCCGAACAGCUGGCGAUGGAUCAACAUUUCGAAAAAAUGAGAGCGACAAUGGUUUCGGACUAACUGAAGAGCUGCCAAGUUUCAGUGGCAAUGUCAGUGAUGCUUCCAACAGUUCGGCUAGCACUGCCGAUGAAAGUUCUGUUCAAAAUGACCAGCCCAGAGCUCUACUUAAAACGCAACAAGUCACAUUUGUGUACAUUCAAAUGGAGCUCUGCAGGAAGGAAACUCUUAAAGACUGGCUGCUGGAGAACAAAGAGCGCGAAAAAUCUUAUAUAUUGGACAUUUUCAAUCAAAUUAUAGACGCUGUCAACUUCAUUCACUCUCAAAAGCUAAUACACCGCGAUUUGAAGCCUUCGAAUAUCUUUUUUGGAAUGGAUUUGACAAAUCAUCCUCAUGUGAAAAUUGGCGACUUUGGGCUGGUAACAAACGCCAUUGAUGAACACUGUGAGAUUAGUUCACCUGUGCGAAAGAAGAGAAGGCGCUUUCAGAAGCACACCAACGACGUUGGAACACAGCUGUACAUGAGUCCAGAGCAGGUCAAAAAAGAGCCUUACGAUCACAAAGUGGACAUCUUUUCAAGUGGCAUUAUCUUGUACGAGCUGCUGCAGUCGUUCAACACGGAGAGUGAGCGAGUUGUAACGCUUCAGCGAGUAAGAAACAAGCAAUUCCCAUCGGAAUUCACUCAGAAUCACACUGAAGAGGUUAGUUGA